AUGCAGUCAUAUUUGGCAUAUAAACGAUUUGGAAGAUUGGUUGAAUCACAAUUCGAAAGAGAUAAGCAGAGAGCAGAGGCACUCGAGAGAGGAAAUGCACAUAUCUCUCAUGCACAAUCAUCUAAUUUGGAAUCGAAUGGACGGCAAGAUCUUGCACAUCGUCCUUCUUCUAUCGAUACCAAUUCCUCAGCUACACAAUCCCCUUUGGAUUCCCCCUCGACGUUCGAUACUCGCGAUCCUGAAAAGGCGGAACAGGCUGGAUCUAAUGCUUCUUCACCGGGUCAUAACCCCGAAGAAAAUGUAUAUGUUAAUGAAGAAGGAGGUGGAGAUGGAGAAGCGAAUGAGAAUGAGAGACCAGAAAAUCUCGAUAGGACGGCUUCAAGAGCCACGGCACACACAAAUAGGAGUUUUGGAACGCGAAUGGGCUAUGCAUUAACGGGAAUCGAAGUUCGCGAAUUAUCCGAACGAUUGACCCGAACGAGGACAAAAACGAAGUCGAAAGGGAAAUCUACGGAAAGCGAUCCUGGGAAAGAGAAAGGAGAGGGGGAAAGAGAGACGGUGUUUGUGGUAGGAUAUGAAAGUGAGAAGGAUGCGAUGAAUCCACAUAAUUGGUCAUUGUUGCGUCGCGGUUUUUGCACCAUCAUGAUUGCUUCGAUUGGUUUUGUAGUGGGUUUCGCAUCUUCGAUCGAUAGUGCUGCGUUGAAGCAAGCCGCGGAGGAAUUUGGAGUUAGUGAGGUUGCGGAAUCUUUGGCGACGGGGUUGUUUCUUGUAGGAUUUGGGUUUGGCGCGUUAUUUGCUGGACCGAUAUCAGAAACUAUUGGGAGAAAUCCCGUGUAUAUUGCUACGCUAUUUAUAUACAUGAUAUGGAUCAUGGCAUCCGCACUAGCCCCCAAUCUCGCCGCACAACUCAUCUUCCGAUUCCUGGCCGGUUUCUUUGGUUCCACUCCCCUAACCUGCGCUGGGGGAUCCAUCUCGGAUUUAUGGAACCCUAUGGAGCGUGUUUUUGCCUUCCCCGUCUUCGCCAAUGCCGCAUUCCUAGGACCGAUAUUUGGACCUGUAGUAGGAGGAUUCAUCGGUCAAUCCAAGCUUGUGAGCUGGAGAUGGUGCGAAUGGAUCACGCUUAUUCUCUCAGGCUGCAUCCUCAUCUCCAUCACGCUCUUCCAACCCGAAACCUUCGCUCCCAUUCUCCUAAAAUGGAAAGCCGCGCACUUGCGCCGAAUCACCGGAGACGAUCGCUAUGUCGCCGAAGUAGAAAUUCGCGCAGAUCCUUUCCUCACCCGAUUACUACAUGCGCUCUAUCGACCCUUCAUCCUCGUGACUCGCGAACCAAUCGUGAUGCUCUUCGCUCUCUAUCUAACCGUCGUCUACAUCAUCCUCUUCACCUUCCUCGACGGCUACACCUAUAUAUUUGGCGAAACCUACGGAUUUAGCGAAGGACUCACGGGACUCGCCUUCGUCGGUAUAGCCAUCGGACUCUGUUUCGCCACUCUCCUCGUCCCACUGAUCCACCACUGGGCCAAAAAAGAUCUCGCCGCCGCGCGCGCUCUGCAUGGUCCCGAAGCGCGUCUCCCGCCUGAAAAACGCCUCUGGUUCGCUAUGUUCGGCGCCCCUUUAGUACCCAUUUCGCUUUUCUGGAUGGGGUGGACAAACUAUGCGUCAAUAUCGCCGUGGUCGGGUCUGGUGGCUUCGCUCUUUUUCGGUUAUGGUAUCUUGUGUAUUUUUAUCUCGACCUAUCAGUAUAUUAUUGAUUCGUAUGAAAUGUAUGCGGCGUCGGCGUUGGCGUCGUUGACGCUAAUAAGGUACGUGGCGGCGGGGGGGAUGGUCGAGGUGGGGAUUCCGUUUUAUGAGAAUUUGGGGGUGCAUUGGACGUUGACGGUGUUGGGGGGGAUUAGUGCCCUAAUGGUGCCGGUGCCGUAUGCGUUUUAUUGGUAUGGGGCCAAGAUUAGGGGGUGGAGUAAGUUUGCGGCUACGGAUUAG